AUGACUUUAUGUACACCAAUGGGCCUGAAUCCGCACCCCGAACCUCAAGAUGCUGUGCAGCAGGAGUUCGUCAAAGCCUACUUGGGCUAUCGGAAGGAGCUCCUGAAUUGGAAAUCUGCCACCCGCGGUCUCGAAGAUGACUACGCCUUGCACUGCCGGCCCUUCCAUGACGUGACCAUGGAGUGCGAGAGGAAGUGGCGCUCGGCCAUGCGUAUGUGGGCCGCCCGAGAACCUUUGCCAGCGUGCAUGGUGGGCGUCGUCACGCCGUAUGUGCGUCACCCCAGGCCUCCCCAAAGCUGGAUGGAAUGGCUUUUCUGA